AUUAUAGUUAGAAGUUUAUUCUCGAAACGUAUUAAUUACAGUCGUUUAUUUUGAAUAAGUUAUAAACCAAGAUGGCCUCUAAGACUCUUUAUAAUUUACCGACUUGACCCUAAUAGGCACAAUAGUUAACACGAGCAAAUACAUUAAACGCACCCCUGCACGAGGGUUGCAUUUAAUACUCUAAGUACCAGUUUCAUUCAGGGGGCAACCUCUUAAUUAUUCAAUGUAUCAACUAUCCUUUUCAAUUAACCGGAAAAUGAAAGUGAUAGAUACACCUUGCGUUGUAAAUUGUAAAAGCUUUCACUUGGGUCAGUUUCAGUCGCGCGUGACAGUUCGAGUGGUGCGGACGUCCCGCGAUGCCGGUCCGUUUAAAAUUGCUGGCAGAAAUGCUAUCUCGAAGACAUAACUUUCGAAUAAUAGAAAGAAAAUUGAAAAGUUAAAUACAAAUGAAAAUGAGUUAAUUUAAUUUUUAUAUAAAUUUUUAUUUCAUUCAGUUAAUGUUUACAAGGUCACGUCCUUCAAUCGAUAAACAAUUAAAUACGUGUGACCAUAUAUCGGACUCGUGUUUUUGAUAUUUUGAUAUAAGUGCCAAUACAUAGUUUAGGUUAGACUUAGUGUUUGGAAAAGACAUAAAAACUUUCUUCUUCAUGGAAUAUGGGCAUCUGUUUAGACACAGAACAAAACAAUGAAGAAUUGGAGACGACGGAACGCAGUCGUGGCAGUACCAGGGCGAAUUCUCCAAUGGGAGCUGGCUUCCCCAUGCAGAACUCGAGUCACGUCAAGUUUGAACCACCGAACGUUCCAGUUAUAUUUGUAUUGGGAGGCCCGGGCAGUGGCAAGGUGACACACUGUGACAACCUGAUGCAGGAGAGACGCGGCCUCGUACAUAUCAAUAUGACUGAUUUACUGCAGCAGUACGCUAUUGGCAAUGACAUGCAAGACUUCGGUACACUGUCAAGUAAGACGGUGACAGAGGUGCUGAUGUUGGAGAUGAAGAUGGCGCCCACCGCUAAGACCUACCUUGUGUCUGGCUAUCCACGGUCUAUGAGGGAUGUUGCAGAAUAUUCAGAAAAGAUACAAACAAUUAGUGGUGUGAUUCUCGUGAGCUGGCGGCAGAAGGUUCUAGAACGACAAAUAGAGUAUGGGGCGCGGCUCGGCCACGUGGUGCUCAGCCUGGCGAGGAUGGAGUUAAACAAUUUCUAUAAGAAUGUGAUGCCCGUUGCUGACUAUUUUGAUCAGAGCAAUAUGCUUGUUUCGGUGAAUGGUGAACGGAACCCUGAUGAAGUUUACAAAGACUUUCGCGCUGCUGUUCUGCAGAUACUAACCUCCGUUGAAGAUCAGGAUAUGAAUGGUGUUGGAAAUGGUGGCAUACCGGGUGAAAUAGUUGGCGUUGAACCUGCACCAACGAGAACACAAACUGAAUUCCAAGCCAUUGAUGUCGAAGAUAUACCAGCUCCAACUCGGCCAAUGUCAAUUGUGUCGCCCAAUAUGCCACAGAGCAUACCACACGCCUUGCCACAGAGUAUGCCAAAAGUCUUGGCUGUCAACGGUGUGGACCAUGUGAACUCAAGACCUGAAGUAAUAAGAGUUCGUGGUACCGCGAUUGCUACUCCUACGCUUUGGGUGGUAGGUGGUCCAGGUAGCAAUAAGGCCGCCUUGUGUCAGCGAGCCGUGACACAAAGACAUGGUUGGACCCAUUUCAGCCUAGGCCAACAUCUUCGCAUCCUAUCUGAUGCUGGAGGAGGACCAGCAUCAGAUGGUGCCUUAUCCCGUGCUGCGAUCAGUGGGGGAGAGUUGGCACCAAACGACCUGGUCACCAAGUUGGUGACCGCUGCCGCUGUUGAUGCAGCGAGAAGUGGCCAUGGUCUAUUACUGGAUGGAUACCCUCGGGAUGUAGACCAGCUGGCCUGGUAUCAGAAUGAGUUCAAAGUACAACCACGCAUGGUACUCUUGGACUGUUCGAAGCUGCAAUUGGGAAGGGGCAGACGAGAUGACUCUGUAGCUGCUUUUAGAAGACGACUCGAAGUGUUCCGUGAACUCAGCCUCCCAAUGCUGAAAACGCUGGACCAACAGCAUCGGCUUGUUAUUGUUGACGGCGAUACCGAGUCAGAAGAAGUUCAAGCAGAAUUCACGAGGGUCCUUCUAGAGGAGAUGGAGAAGGCUGAAGCACUUGCUGAGAUACCACAACCGGAAUACUCGACUCAAAAUGAAGCAAUGUCCCAAUUCACACAUGCGAUAUCCCGUAUGGGGGCAGGAUUGGCUAAUGGGAUCCCAAAUGGGACCCACAAGGCGGUGCCAAAUGGUAACAUUGGCAACGGGUUUAUUGGGAUAACUAAUAAUAAGGUGAAACCAUUGAUAAACAUGACACGCAUCCCGUCUGUGUCCCAAAUGACACAAGAUGACGUCAGACGACUGUACGAACAAAGUUCGGGAAAUAUAACUGUCAAUACACAUAUAUAAUAUAUGUCAAAGCAUCAAUAGUGGCCGAAUUUGGAUGUAUGAAUUCUACAACUAAACAAUACUAAUAAAAAUAUACUAUGCUAAUAUACAGUCGGUAAUAUACGUAUCAGGGGCUUGAGACAAAGUCACUUUUCGACAUGCAAUUGUAUGAAAAUAGUCACGUGUCAAAGGGGGAAGUCAUUCCCAUCACACUCUAUAGCUGUGGUCUAUGGAUAUACAAACAUAAUAAAGUCAAAAUCUGUUAUGACGUCAUCGAC